UUUGCCCAAAUAAAAUCUCCUUCCUUUCCCCCACCGAAUCAUAACCCUACUUCUCAAUUCUCCUCCCGCCGAAGAAUCAAUGGCGGACGUCGUUGCUCUCUCAUCAAUGGCGGACGUCGUUGCUCUCUCAUCAAUGGCGGACGCACUCUCACAGACUCUCCACCUCUCCGUUGUUGACUCCCUUCAAGUUUCAAAUUCCGUUAUCUUCUCCAUUGACGCCGUUGCUCCUCCUCCUGUCAGAUCUUGCUCUCAUCGAACUUCUGCUCGUCGUACUCUCCUUAAAAGACGACGUCGUACUCGCCGCCGAUCUUCGUCUGAUGGAGAAGAUGACUCCGGAUUUUUUGGCGGUGAUGACGGAGGAUUUUACGGCGGGUUUGGCGGUGGUAGAGGUUGGAAUUUCGAUGGUUCUGGUGGUGGUGGAGGUUUUAAUUGGAACGAUUGGUCAUCUUCGUAUCCUGAAGAUCCGGCUUUUGAUUUUGUCUAUGAUGUUAUUUGUUGGAUUGUUUUCUCUAACUGUUUGCAUUUCGCAUUCAAAAAGGUCGUUCGGUUGAUUACUGAGGAGCGAGAAAAGGUUCCUUUAAGAAUCGCCGCUGUUUGUUGAAAUAUUACUGGUAAUUUCAUGUGUUCAGAAUCUAGAUGUAUAUAACAAUGUACAUAUUGUAUUUCAUCUGUUAAACAUAUUGUUGCAUUCUUGUAAAUAUUACUGUUGUGAAUUGAUUGGUCA